AAUCCUAAAAGUCCCACGAGUUGUCAAGUGAAAAGUCGUCAUCGAAGUUCGCUGGAGAGGUCAGGGGCAGAAGAGGAUUACCAUGGCGCUAUCAAGGCUUUACAGCAGUCGCGUGACUGGAGGCGCAAAAGCUGCGUUGAAUUUCUACCGAAAAUCUCUUCAUUCUCAAAUAGCCCUAAUGUCGGACUUUCGAAUUGAAAAAGACACUUUCGGCGAACUCAAAGUGCCAUCUGACAAGUAUUAUGGGGCCCAAACUCUUAGAUCUGUUAUGAAUUUCCCCAUAGGGGGCGAAUUUGAACGAAUGCCGUACCCGGUUAUAACCGCGAUGGGAGUUUUGAAAAAAGCCGCCGCUACAGUCAACAAAGACUACGGUCUGGACCCCAAACUGGCCGACGCUAUCUGCAAAGCCGCCGAUGAAGUCAUUUCCGGCAAACUCUACUGCGACCACUUCCCCCUAGUCAUCUGGCAAACCGGCUCUGGUACUCAAACCAACAUGAACACAAAUGAAGUCAUUAGCAACCGCGCCAUUGAAAUCCUCGGGGGCAAACUCGGCUCUAAAGAACCGGUCCACCCCAACGAUCACGUCAACAAAAGCCAAAGCAGUAACGACACCUUCCCCACAGCCAUGCACAUCGCCGUUGCCGUUGAAAUUCAAAACACGCUCCUUCCAGGCCUCAAAAUGCUAACGAAUGGUCUCGAUAAGAAAGCGCAGGAAUUCAAGGAUAUCAUUAAGAUUGGGCGCACGCACACCCAGGAUGCCGUCCCCUUGACUUUGGGACAAGAGUUCAGCGGUUACGUACAACAAAUGAAAUUCGGUAUCGAUAGAAUUAACGAUACUUUGCCGAGGUUGUACAUGCUGGCAUUAGGGGGCACCGCUGUGGGGACGGGGCUCAACACAAGGAAAGGAUUCGCGGAGAAGUGUGCCGCCGAAAUCUCGAAAUUGACGGGAUUACCGUUUACGUCAGCCCCAAAUAAGUUCGAAGCUUUGGCGGCCCAUGAUUCCCUUGUGGAGGUCUCAGGGGCACUAAAUGUAGUCGCUUGCUCGAUUAUGAAAAUUGCCAACGAUAUUAGGUUUCUGGCUUCUGGACCCCGUUGUGGCUUGGGCGAACUCUCUCUCCCUGAAAACGAGCCCGGGAGCUCCAUCAUGCCUGGCAAAGUCAACCCGACCCAAUGCGAAGCCAUUACCAUGGUGGCAGCACAAGUGAUGGGCAACCACGUGGCAGUGACCAUCGGUGGCUCCAACGGUCACUUCGAAUUGAAUGUUUUUAAACCCAUGAUGGUAGCCAAUGUCUUACGAUCGAUCCGUUUGUUAGGAGAUUCCAGCAAAGCUUUCACCACUAACUGUGUAGAUGGCAUCGUAGCCAACAAAGAUAGAAUCAGUAAACUCUUACACGAAAGUUUGAUGUUAGUCACGGCUCUUAAUCCACAUAUCGGGUACGACAAGGCGGCCCAAAUUGCCAAAACGGCACACAAGGAGAAUAGUACUUUGAAGGAAACGGCUAUCAAAUUAGGAAUUUUGACUGAGGAGCAGUUUAACCAGUGGGUCAAACCUGAGGAGAUGUUGGGACCUAAAUAAAUGACUCCUGUGCUUUUUGUUUCUUUGUUAAUUUUUUCUUUUUGUAAAUAAAUCAGUAUUUUAAA